UGUCCGCAUGGCCCCCCGCGGGAUGCGGCCCGCGACUCCCUUCUUCCUCUUCCUCCUCCUCCUCUUAGCCGCCACCGGCCGUGCCGGCGUGGUGGAGGUGCAGCGCAGCGUGACGGCGGUGCUGGGCCAGGACGUGGUGCUGCCGUGCCGGUACCGGGCGCAGGAGCGGGAGCAGGUGGAGCAGGUGACGUGGCUGAAGCGGGGCCCCGGCGGGCGCAGUGCCGAGGUGGCCGUGCUCAACCGGCGCCACGGGGAGCACGUGCAGGAGCCCUACGCCGGGCGGGUGCUGCGGCAGGCGCCGGGAGCGCUGGAGAACGGGGCCAUCGUCCUGCGCAACGCCGUGCAGGGGGACGAGGGCGACUACGAGUGUCACCUCAUCACCUUCCCCAUGGGCAGCUUCGAGGGGCACCUCACCCUCAAGGUGCUGGUGCCACCGCUGCCCAUCCUGAACCCGGGGCCGCCGCUGGAGGAGGGCCAAGGCCGGACACUGGCGGCCUCAUGCACAGCAGAGGGCAACCCCGUGCCCACAGUGCGCUGGGAGACCGAGGUGCGCGGCACCAACGCCACGCGCCGCUCGGCACACGCCCGCUCUGCCUCCGUCACCAGCGAGUUCUUCCUGGUGCCUGGGCGCAGCAUGAACGGCAAGAGCCUCACCUGCGUGGUGGCACAUCCCGGCCUGAGCCACGAGAAGAGGAUCACACACCUCCUCAGCGUCGCCUACCUGUCAGAUGCAUCGGUGCUGGGGCACACGGAGGAGUGGCAGGAGGGCAUGGAGGGGGCCACGCUGACCUGCCUGGGUGAUGGCAACCCAUCUCCCACCUACAACUGGACACGGCUGAACGCCCCGCUGCCCGCGGGCGUGCGGGUGAAGGGGGACACGCUCGUCUUCCAGCGGCCCCUCGCUGCCGCCGACGCCGGCGAAUACGUGUGCCGGGUCUCCAACCGCGUGGCCGCCAAAGAGGCGCGGGCCAACGUCAGCGUCCGGAGCCGCGCGGCAGACGAUGAGGUGCGCAGGGUGGACCUGGUCUCAGCCUCAGUGGUGGUGGUGGGUGUCAUCGCCGUCGUCCUGCUCUGCGUCCUCGUCAUCGUCGUCGUCGUCAUGACCCUCUACCACAAGCGCAAGACCAAGCGCAUCUCUGAGAAGUAUGAGGAGGAGCUGACACUCACCCGGGAGAACUCCAUCCGCCGCCUGCACUCGAGCCACAGCACCGACACACGCACACAGCUGGAGGAGACGCUGCAGCUGCGCACAGAGAGCCGUCAGGGCAGCCUGCGUGGGGACAGCCUGCGUGGGGACAGCAUCCGGGGCACCAGCAUCUGCUCUGCCAUGAGCGAGGAGCCCGAAGGUCGCAGCUACUCGACGCUCUCGACGGUGCGGGAGAUCGAGACGCAGACAGAGGUGCCGGUUGUGCCGCUGCUGCCGGCGGGGAAGGAGCCGAAGGAGGAGGAGGAGGAUGGCGGCGGCGGCGGGGACGACCCCAUCAAACAGGCCAUGACGCACUUUGUGCAGGAGAACGGGAUGCUGCAGGCCAAGCCCACCACCAACGGCAUCUACAUCAACGGCCGCGGGCACCUGGUGUGAGCCGCGCGGGCCGGGGGGACGCCGAGGGACCCCCGUGUGUGUACCCCCCCCCCCGGCCUCUGCCCGCCCACUGCCACGGCCCCGGUGCCCCGCUGUCCCCUCGCUGCUGGCCGUGGGGUCAGGGACACGCUGUGCCAGCGCCGGGCACGGGGUGUGGACGCCGCGGCGCUGGAGACGAGGCGCCGGCAGCGCCAGGACCUGCGGGGCUGGGGACACCCCAAGGACAGGACAGGGCCAGGAGCCCUUGCUGGGGACUGACCCCCAUCCCCAAACCCUCCCGUCGGACUCUGGGUCGGCCCCUUCCCGCGCGGCGCCGGGGACCCUCGGCCAUGUCCCCCCGCCCCGGGACGCGCUUUGCCGGUGGCACUUGGGGCGCUUCUGUCCCCUCCCCUCUCCC